CACACACUCAUAACACAUCCAUAUCUUGAAGGAUGCAUCAGAUCGAACGAGAAGCACGAUUAUAACCAUUGAAUCAGCAAGGACAUAAACAUGACAUCAAUCUUAAGUCAGAUACCUACCUACCACCUAUCAAGCCACUUCGUACCAGUAUAGCAAUUCGGGGUUUCCCGUAACAGACAGGGCGGUGUUAUGGGGCUGAGGUCAGCUACGGAUAGAGUAACAUUAGUUACGCUCAGGAUUUAGUGACAAGAACUAGCCCCAUUUAGAACGCAGGGGAUGGAUAGGUUCGGAUGACGACACUAAAAUUUCGCCUCCAAUUGUCAUCUCUUCAUGAAUAUAAGAUUCAUCUCGUCGAUAAUCAUAAACACGAGUUGCGCCGCAGUAGCAGAAUGCUGAAACAAAGGUCAAGACGAAUGCCGUCGUAAUACGUUGUAUGCAAACACGCCACGCUCGUCACGUUCAUUAUCGCUCCUAUCGCUAAGACUUGCUCCACAUGGUGGCUUGGAGUACCCGUUGUUCAUCUUGUCGACAGAGGAAGAUAAAAUGUGAUCGACAGUGGCCGGCAUGUGGGCAAUGUCAAAAGGCCAAGCAGCAAUGCUCGGGACCACCGGACAAGGUGAAGUUUGUCGCGGAGAAUAGUGCGGAGGGUUCCUCGCAGGCGGUCGUAAUCAAUCGCUUCAGAUCACGUCCAAGCUCCCAAGUGCCUCCAAGAAAACAACCAAUUAUACCACCUUCGGUGCCGUCAAGUCAGCCAACUUUAGUAGGUGGUGAACUUGUUUCAUUAUUGACAUCCCAAGCGAAAACGUUCGGAUUCUCCAGCUUCGCGCACGUUUUACAACAUGUUCCGGCCAUGCUCGAUGGCUCUCAAGCUCUGACGAGUGCUGUAUCCUGUCUUGCCGACGCACGAAGGCGACAAUCGAUGUCCCCGAAACCUGAUAGGAAACUUGACCUCAGACUGUACUGCUCUGCAUUACGUAAUCUGAGAUUCUCUCUCCAAGAUGAGAACGAGCUGAGUCGGAUAGAAACUUUAUUGGCGACAUUGAUAAUGUGGAGAGUCGAAGCUACCAUUGCUACGACUGUAGAAUUGCCAUAUUUACUUGUGACUUGGUCGGUUCACCUGGCCGGGGCUGCGUACCUCCUGGAACGGCUUGGACCGGAGGCUGCUAAUAACAAGCUCGUGUUCUCCGUGAUUCUCGAAAGCCUUUCUGAACUGUCUUCCCACUAUUAUGCCCGUAACCAAUGGUUUUUUAUGGGCUCUCCUAAAUGGCAGCGAAUCUUCAACGAGAACCGAGAUGUCUCUAUCGCUGACAAGUUAUUGUUUAAGGUGUAUAGCCAGAUGUCGGUAUUCCCAGACGUGAUGAGAGACUUGCGAAGGUAUCAUCUGGGGCAAGUGAGUUACGAUCAUAUUCACUCGAGGAUAAUCUCGAUGCAUGUCGUAUUCGAUACUAUCGAAGGUCCUAUACGGACUAUUCUAGAGGAUCAAUCGGUUAUUGGCAAGAGAGCUGCUUGUUCCCCAACAUCCCCCGUCGAGGAAGUUUACGACACCGAAGACAGCGAGAUUCCCCGGGCUUGCUGUCUAUAUGCGCUAGCUAAGAUCGUGGCGAACAAUAUGAUAUCGGCACUAAACGGAUCGUUGUAUAAGUUCGAUGAGGAGAACUACUUACACAGCAGAAGAAUAUGGAUGUUCCACGAGCAAGCUAUGAAAGUGGGCUCAUUUGGCAUGCACUAUUAUCCAACCGCUAUCCUUUUGACUUAUGGCAGUGCCAAGUCCAGGGAAACGGAAGAGUGGAUCGUAGAUUUAUUGAAUCUACUCCAGGAAAGGAACCCAGCCACGGAUAUCAUGUGGACUAGGGAGGAAAUAUUUCAAAGAUGUUACGCCACGAGUGGGAAUAUUUGGCCCUCUUUACCCCCAGAACAAAACUUGCUUCCGACGGGACCAUCGGAGCAUGCGAAUUGCUGAGCCCCUGUGAUGGAGAAUCUCGGUUAAGAGUCUGUUGAGACGAGGGAGUAGGACUUAAAAUGAAAUGAAAUCCAAAUGAAAGCCCGGUGGUCUGCAAUGGGCAAAGAAAAUUAGGUACUAGGAAGUGAGAUAGUCCAGUCCCUCCAAUAAUAUCAACGACUUGUCGUUAUGGCGAAAAAUCAGCUCGGGUCCCACUCUAUUUCCCAAACUGGUAUCUAUGAGGCGGUCUACUAAGUUAGGGUAGCAUGACACAGCCCUAUGUCAGCU